UGUUGUCGUCAUAAACCCAAACAAGCAGAUGCAAAAACCGAAUAACCUCACUCGUCGCCCUUACCAGGCAUCGGUAAUACAGCACACAUACGGGGAGUGGACUCAUUUAAAUGUCGGUCGCCCUUACGUGACUCGGGCAGUGCUUCGCGGAGAGCACGCUGUGUAGUUGUCUCGACAUAGCAUUCGGCGAGGCUGCGGGUGCCAUAGCAACCAUUUGGAAAACACUGGCCGACGUGUCAGUGGAGACUCUUCAAUGGAAAGAGAGUUUUCUGGGGGCCUCGGCGGUCCAACAGUAAGCACCCCAAACAGCAAGGAAACCUCACCUCAUCGCUCCCUCAGUGCAAAUUCCAUUAAAGUGGAGUUGUACAGUGAUGAAGACCCCGGUCCCAGUAACGACGACGAGCGAGUGGAACGUGUAGAGGAAGGUGGUGUGGAUCAGGGAACGGAGGCGCCUGGUUACAGGGAGCUUGCCAAUCAUGACAACAUCAGACUCCCCAAUGGGAAGCUGAAGUGUGACAUCUGUGGAAUGAUCUGCAUUGGACCCAAUGUUCUUAUGGUGCACAAACGCAGCCACACAGGUGAGCGCCCAUUCCAGUGUAAUCAGUGCGGUGCCUCCUUCACUCAAAAAGGAAACCUGCUCCGUCACAUCAAGCUGCACUCUGGAGAGAAGCCCUUUAAAUGUCCUUUGUGCAGUUAUGCCUGUAGAAGACGAGACGCGCUCACCGGCCAUCUUCGCACUCACGCUGUGUCCUCUCCAACUGUCGGGAAGCCAUAUAAGUGCAGUUACUGUGGUCGCAGUUACAAGCAACAGAGCACUUUGGAGGAGCAUCUUGAACGCUGCUACAACUACUUACAGAGUGUGGAGUCAAAGCAGCCUAAUAGUGCUCAGCAUCUAGGAGAGGAGAUUAGGGAGAUGGAGUACAUACCAGACUCCCCGCUUCAUACCUCCUCAGACAAGAUGACAUUUGUUGAUCGGCUCGCCGGCAGUGUCACCAAACGCAAAAGAUCCAUGCCACAAAAAUUUGUAGGACAGAAGCACAUACAUCGUGGAAAUGCACCUUACGAGCUUAGUGCUGAUUUGGACAAAGAUGGAGAGAUACAUCCAGGAGACUUGGAAGGUUUACACGUUCCUGGUGGAGAGUAUGCAGGCUUAGCAGGCAGUGGAGGAGCAGGAGGGGGGAUAGCAGACACACCGCAGCCUCUUCAUCACCCCACCACUCGCCCAUCAUAUUUAUCUGAACUCCGAUCGAUGCACGCCGCAGCUUACGCGCCUGGCCCUCUUGGCCUGAGGCUGGACUGCACGGGGGCCGCGGGUGUGGGGAGAAGGGAGGCGGCGGAGGGCCACGAAGACCUGCCCGUGGGCCAAAGUCAGGCAACCUCCCCCAGCAACGGUUGCCAGGACUCUACGGACACGGAGAGCAUGCCGGAUGAACCAUGCAACAGCACCGCUCCUGUGCCGACUCUGCAUAGGAACAACGGGCAUCAUCUCCACAACGCCGCUCCUAUUCCGCACUACAAGAUUUGGGACAGACACAGCCCCGGCCACGCCAAAGACAGGGAGGUGAAAAGAGAGGACGGAGGUCACCAUGCGCCCCCUGCCCCUGGCCUCGCCCCGAUGCCCAGUUCACCUACGGCGCCCUCGUCCACCUCAAGGGAGACUCUGCGAGUGGUAGACGGCGAGGGGCGAACGGUGCGCUGCUUCCGAUGUGACCACUGCCGUAUGCUCUUUCUGGACCAUGUCAUGUUUACCAUCCACAUGGGCUGCCACGGAUUUCGCCAGCCUUUCGAGUGUAACAUCUGUGGCCACAGGAGCCAAGACCGCUACGAGUUUUCUUCACACAUCGUCCGUGGAGAGCACAGCCUGGAAUGAGGAACAGUCCUGACGAGCUCAGCCUGGCUUGGUUUGGUCUGCACAGCACAAAGGAAACCUAAUAUUUAUCAUAAUGCACUUUGAAAAUGUCUUUGAACAUGCACUUUCCCAUCCACACAUGUGCCUUGCGCCCAUAUUCAGGAUUCCCACCUGAUGCACAUACUGUGGUUGACCAAUCCGACCUGAAAACUCUUCAGCACUUUAACAGAUUCUUCAUCCAAAAAGGUUAAAUGUGAAGACCACCUCAUUGGAAGAAAUAUUAACUUUCACUGUCAAGUUUAAGUCCUUGUUUUAAGUGCAGACCAAAUUUGAGAGCCAGGUCAAAGUCCACAAGAUGUUUUAAAAGUUGUCUGUGAAGCAUAAAUGCACUUUUUGUUUUGUAUCUAGUGAUGGAAGUGAGUGUAUGGAUGUGAGACAGCCUUUAUUUUGGGAAGUAGGAAGUGUAAUGUGUACAAAUGAAGGCCUUUACUUGGAUGACUUGACUUGUGUUAGGUGUCUGUUGUUUUUAAUUAUGUGUUCUAUAAAUGCUUCUGUUGCACUGAUACUUGUCAGAAUAACCUGAUUAUAUUAAACUGUUUUAUAGAAUACAUUCACAAGCUGCACAUUUUUCUCAAAAUAUGGGGAAACACAUCACUGCCGCUGAGGUGGGAGGAUCUUGAUGAUGUAAAUUACGCCAAAUCUUCAACUCGUGUAAAUUUGGUUACAACUUGGCUAUUAUCUGUUUGUAUUGUGCCUUCCCUCAUUGUAACUGAAAUUUAAUGACUAGAGCUAAAGCUAUGAACCAACAGUCAUAUCCUCAAAUCUACAAAUUCAAGUUGAGUUACCAAAGAAUUUAAGAUCUCAACUUGUCUAUAACACACACACACACACACAAGCAAAAUCUUCCAGUUUUAUUAUUGUAAAUGUAAAAUAGGUCAAUUUACCCACGACAAAGCCUUCAACUUGAGAUUGGAUGUCGACGGCACUUUUUUUUUUAAUGCUGUUAUGCCUCAAUAGGAUCGUUUGUGGUUAUAUGAAGGUGAUUUUGAAUUGUAUGUGAGAUGAACACAAAUGGAAAAGUGAUUCUGACUCAAGCUUCACUUCUCAAAAUGUUAAGCACAACAGUAUUCAGACAAGAAAUGACAGAGAAGCAGCAAUUGUAAAAAAAAUAAAUCUCAGAUUUAAACCUUGAAGAUGAUCAGCAAUUUGUGUAGACAUACAUGUCCAUGUAUUUUCUUUUCUAAAAACUUUGGGACAGUGACUUCACAGAUGCCCUUCUCAUGCCUGUAUAAUAUCAUCAAAGAAUGAGCAGAAAUUAGUUCUGUGGUUGGUUCCAAUACAAAUGGAGAUGUUGCACUUACAUUGUGAACUUUGGUGGUGUUUAUAUACAAUCUCAAGAAGUAACCACAAAGAAAAAGAAAAAACAAGGUCAAGCACAACUGGAAACGGAAGACAAAUUAAAGGUUCACUAUCAGUACUUUUCUCAUUAAAGUGAUCAGACUGUUAUACUAAGAAAUGUUUUAAACAUGAAAAACAAGUUCCUGCCUAUAUGUGUUGAUGUAACUGAAAACACCCAUGUAAGUUGCGCUGGUUUGCUUCCUGUGUCUAGUACUAUUGUGCCUUCAUUAUAUUAGUUUUGUAACUUUUCACCCUGUGCUUACAAGAGUCCAGCUUUGUGAUGUGCCCACCACCAGCUUUCUCCUUUCUAGAACCAAUUUACACUUUUUACUACCACGUCCAUCGGCUAUAAUGCUGCUGCUAAGAGCCAAAGAAAACUCCCUGCAGAGAUGAAAACUUUGGUAGCUUUUAAGUAUCAAAAUAUCAAUAACAAAAAUAGGAAAAAAACACAUUACUCAAAUUUGAAUAUUGGGUCUUACCUAUCCCCAUUUGGCUUUGGUGUGGGUGGUGUAAUUGUACAGUUCUAGUCUAAAUUGUGCUUUUAGACCCUGGUGCAUGUGUGACCAGUCCUUAGCCCACAACUACUCCAUGUUAAAUGUCUGAUUUUUGAAACACUUGGGAUGUUUUUGUAAGCCUCUCACUUCCUGUAAAUGACUUGAUAUUGCUUUAAAUUAAUGCAAACUCUUACAUGUAUCAUGGAAUUAUGCAUUUAACUACUUUUAUCUUAACUACUGUAAGUUUUGUACUGUAAGGAUU